ACGAAAAUCUACUUCCGGGUGUUGGUGGGGAAAUUGACAGCAGCCGCCAGUUGGAAAGUCGAUAAUUUUCGGGUGAAGAUCUACCUGAUUUCCAACAGCUACUUACAACUGGAACGUUGUCUCAUUUUUCUUGUGUAUGCUGUAUCACAGCUGAAACCAACUGCGGACGUGUGUCGGUACCUGGGUUUUUGUGUCCGGACUUUAUACAGUAUAUCUGAUGUGACAUUUCCCUCAGGCAAAACUCUGUACUUCCUUCUGCCUUUCUGCCAAUUUCUGGAUGGUCCCAUGUUGUAGGUAGAUUUCGUGCCCAAACCUUUGUAGCUAAUAGCUCUGUACACGGUACUUUCGGUUACUCAAGUUGGAAGAAACAAUGGCAGAUGUAACAUCCAUGGCCGCGCCAGUCGAUAGCGAGGAUAUCUUCACUAUUAAGGAGAACAUCCGUUGCCAAGAAGGACAGUUUCUGACUCCAGACCUCCUACUGGACACACACAAGCUUCCUCAGUUAGUGAAAGUGACAUACGCGGAGUGCGAGGCACCGGGACUAUCCAAGAAUGAGAUACUGCUCCUCCAUUUCACGUACACCAGUAAAAAGGUCAUGGCACAGAGUUUGAGUAAGGAGGGUGGUAUUGUGGUGGGCCCCGAGCUGAACAUACCGCUCGCCUACCCUGGUCGCUUCGAACUCCUGCAAAAUCAAAGCAACGUCAAGGUCUUUGAAAGCCUUGAGGAAGUCAUCAACGAGGACUUGCAGUCCAAGAUGCCGGUAGUAAGGCUUCUUGUAGAGGAGGACAUUCUGGACAGUGAGCUCCCUCCCGCCGGGGUCGCGUCUCCGGAGAUGGGAAUGGCGACCACGGGUCCACGACAACCCCUGUGUAAAAAAGGUGACGUCAUAAUGAUUGUAUCUGCACAGCCAAGAGAACAACCAGCACCAGUGCAACAUGUUCAAGAGAUUCCUGAAGUACACAAGAAAGGGCUCGGCCACAAGCUGAGGGCACAGUUCAAAGGCAAGGGGAGAAGAACUUCUCACACUGAGAACAAAGAGCCUGAAGUGCAAAGGCCAAAAAUGAUCUUCACGUGUAGCAACCAAGAUGGUGACCUGGUAACCUUGCCGGGCGAUCUGAAAGCACGGUUCACCCUGAAACCGCUUGAGUUCGAGAGCGGUACAACCUACACGGUGGAGAACGUCAUCGACAACUUCAAACUGCCGCAGGACGUCAAACUCGUGCACGGGGACUGCCCUGGGGACGACGACGAGUUCACGGGUUACGUCCGGCUGUUCCACACCUAUAGGGAUGAAGUCAUCGUCGGGACGUCUGUUCAAGACGACGGGCAGAUCUCACAGGUCGAGUUUUCCAUCAACACGGACAUCCAGUUCAGUCCAGCCGACCUAGAACUCUCGGAAAACAAGGAAAUUCUGCGCCUGUUUCAGUCCAACGUCCGCACGAGCGUUCUCGUGGACAGCAAGAACAUGGAUUCGUUCAUUCUCGUGAUGGGUAAACCAUACUCUUCUAUAUACCAGGACAGAACCAGGCAGUUCAAACCUUCAGAUCUCGCUACAUACGCAAAUGUAGGAGAUAUCGCCUCAACCAACCCUAUAUACGAAGAAACCCCCGAAUAUCAGGACCCGGACUUGCAGAAGGCAGUGGUGCCUUCCGCGCCUCCUAUGGAACAGAGCAAUGUUGUUGAGUACUACUCCCCCGUAGAACCACCUACAGAGAAGGAUAAGACGUCAGAUACAGUCACUAAGCCUGAAAUUAAACCACGCAGGGCUAAGAUACCUCCAGCGGCGGUGCCGGUAGGACUUUUAGGCGAGCUGAAAAAGGCACAAGAGUCCAAGAAGACCCCGCCCCCAGUACCGCCUAGACCCAAAGCACCUACAGUGACAUCAGACCAAGGCACGAGUGGCGACUACACCGAUUUAACGGGCGGAAAUUACACCACACUUAAGCCAAUCACCGAGUCGACCGUUAAAGGUCCCACAUCAUUUGUCACGUUUGAAAAUAGCCUGUACGACUCACUUGCGUCGGAGGGAGACCAACCAGUCAUUGACAAGCGCGCGUCCGUCAAAGACUUGGUCAAGCAGAUGGAAUCAACAGACAAAACAAGUACACUCGUUUCUUACAAAACUCCACUGAACAUACGCCUUGCACUGCCGAAGGAACCUGAACAAGAUGAAGAAGAGUAUGAAGACCCUCCGCCCUCAUCCGGUGGCCCUGAAGAAAAAGGAGACAUCAAAAGCGAUAGUGAAUAUCAGACGCCACCUCACAAGAUUCCCGUGCAGUCACUUGAAGAACUGAAAUGCCACGAAGAUAGCCAAGCCUAUGAUAGCCCCAAGAGCCCAGCCGUGCAGAUGGUACCUCCUAGUGGCGGCUACAUACAAGGUACAGAGGGAAGCGAUACGUGUCAGUUUCCUGUUGGAGAAGAAGUUACGAAUACACACGCUGACUACGAUAACGUAGAGGAGAUGUAUUCUGAGAUACCGGCACUGACGGAUCCGUCAGAGAAAAGCAAACAUGGACAGUCGGCAGAUUCACCAACAUGGGUCCCGCCUGACGACCUGUCAACACUGUCUGUCUCAGAAGUGACGGCGUGCCUACGUCACCUUAACCUCGGAGAUGACGUCAUCGCGGCGUUUGAGCGGGAGCGGAUAGACGGCGCCCUGUUGAGCGACGUGGACGAAACCAUUAUGACACAGGACAUGAACUUGCGCAAGUUAGACGCGCUGAAAAUCCUGAAGUUCACACAAGGAUGGAGACCGUAAACAACCAAGUAUACAAGUUUUACAUGUACAGUGAAGUGGGUAAAUCUGUGAAAUUGUACCUGUGUUUUAUUCAUUGAAAGGACAUAGAAAAAUGAAAGUGCCAUGGGACAGAAAAAAGGCUAAGGCUGUCAGAGACAAAUUCAGGAUCUUCCGUCUUGUAUCCGUUUAUUUAAAAAAUCACGAUUUCUUUAUCAUUCAAUGGUUGCUUUUAGAAAUGACAAAGGAUGCUUAUCAACAUAUUUACUUUCAUGUGAAUAGUUGAGGACACUACAACAGAACAUAAAGCAUAUUCAUAUUGUAUUGGUACUCUCAUCAGCAUAGUCAUUACAUUCCAUGGUCGCAGGGUAUCAAGGUAUGACUUUAUAAUUUGCGUGCGGUAUGGGACGGCUCUGAUAAAUAUGUAUAUAUGGAACUUGACCAAUAAUUCUGCGCCAUGCAGCGGAGCGUUAAUAUAAUAGGAAAUAAGCACCAAUGGAACAGGUAUACAAAUAAUUCAUUGUACAGCCGCAUAUAUGUAAUAUUAUGCUGUUUACGGAUACUGCAUAUGAUAUGUGCAGAUCUAAAAUGUGUUGCUAAUAAUUAUACAUUGUAGAAAUAUGAACUGCCAAGACUGAUUUUUACUAUCAAUUCAUGACAAUGUACAUUAGUUUCCGAAUUCAUAGCGUUACAUAUACAUCAAGUUCUAAUGCAUGAUUGCAGUCUGACUGUAACGUCGAGAACACAAGCAAUAAAAUAGGUAUGUG